GCCGGGAAGCCCUUGAGGAGUGUUGGCAAUAGUAACGCCCUUCGUGAUUCGGCUCUCGUCGAAACUAUUAAUUUGAAAUUUGCUAUUGAACUUAGCAAUGGCAAUCUGGAUGGCGCUAAAGAGUGUUUGAGCGACAUGCCCCCUCGUGAUGAGGCUGAGCUGGACCCAGUGACAUUGCAUAACACAGCGUUGGCGUAUAUGGAUGAGAAACCCGCUGAGGGGUUUGCCAAACUUAAUUUCCUAUUACAGUCGGGUACUGUUACUUCUGAUGACGGGCCGUUGGGAUCGGUUCCCAAGGAGGUUUUUAGUAAUCUCGUGCAUAUGUAUUGCAAGUACUAUGCGAAAAGGUGCUUCCUGGCCCUUGCUGAGAAUAUGGCUAAGGAUAUGGUUGUUAUUCGUGAUGAUACAUACCAUAACAUUCUCAACUUCCUCGACCGAGCAGCUCGUCACGGCAAGCACAUAGAAACUGUUGUUAGUCCUAUUGAUAU